CUGCCCUUGGUUGGGUUGUGAUCCUGAGAAUGUCUUUUCUUUGAGGGCCUCGUGACCCCUCGCGAUGCUCUAGGGCCUCCGGGCUUCUAGCGCCGCCGCCCUUGCUCUCUGUCCGUAUGCGGACUUCGGGCCCUUGGCGCGGCAGGUGCCGGAGGUUAGGAAGGGCCUGUGUCCACGGUGCCUCAUGGGGGUUGGGAAGACCCGCGGCGCCCUCUAGUGCCAGUCAAAGUUUGCAGCUAAGGUUGGAUGCCUGGGAGCCGCCCCUCUGUGGACCAAGUCCGCUCUUUCUUUUCUUUUUUUUUUUUUUUUUUUGCGGUACGCGGGCCUCUCGCUGUUGUGGCCUCUCCCGUUGCGGAGCACAGGCUCCGGACGCACAGCCUCAGCGGUCAUGGCUCACGGGCUUAGUUGCUUCGCGGCAUGUGGGAUCCUCCCGGACCGGGGCACGAACCCGUCACCCCUGCAUCGGCAGGCGGAUUCUCAACCAAUGCGCCACCAGGGAAGCCCCGCUCUUUCCUUUUGUAGGCGUUUUUCAAAGUAGGUCUGUGGGAAUAAUGUCUUAAGAAUCUUAUUCUAAGAACUCAGACACUCAGGUAUCCACCAUGGUGUUGGGUCCUGAACAGAAGACGCCAGAUGAAGAUGCUUCUGGAGACCAUGGGGAUUCUGCCAGUCUUGGGGCCAUCAACCCUGCCUACAGUAACUCCUCUAUUCCACAGUCCCCCGGGGGGCACUCAGAGGAUCCUUUCACCACCUACUUUGAUCAGAAGAUCGCCAUUCCUGAGGAGGAGUACUCUUGUUUUAGCUUUCGUAAACUCUGGGCUUUCACGGGACCGGGAUUUCUUAUGAGCAUUGCCUACCUGGAUCCAGGAAACAUUGAAUCUGACUUGCAGUCUGGAGCAGUGGCUGGAUUUAAGUUGCUCUGGGUUCUUCUGAUAGCCACCAUCGUGGGGCUCCUGCUCCAGCGCCUUGCAGCUAGACUGGGAGUGGUCACUGGGCUGCAUCUUGCUGAAGUGUGUCACCGUCAGUAUCCCAGGGUUCCACGAAUUAUCCUGUGGCUGAUGGUGGAGUUGGCUAUCGUUGGCUCAGAUAUGCAAGAAGUUAUUGGCUCUGCUAUUGCCAUCAAUCUCCUCUCUGUAGGAAGGGUCCCGCUGUGGGGUGGAGUUCUUAUCACCAUUGCAGAUACCUUUGUAUUUCUCUUUUUGGACAAAUAUGGCUUGCGGAAGCUAGAAGCAUUUUUUGGUUUUCUCAUCACUAUUAUGGCCCUCACAUUUGGAUAUGAGUAUGUUACAGUGAAACCCAGCCAGACCCAGGUCCUCAAAGGCAUGUUCGUGCCAUCCUGUUCAGGCUGUCAUACCUCACAGAUCGAGCAGGCUGUGGGCAUCGUGGGUGCUGUUAUCAUGCCACACAACAUGUACCUGCAUUCUGCUUUAGUCAAGUCCAGACAGGUAGACCGAGCCAAUAAGGAGGAAGUUCGGGAAGCCAAUAAGUACUUUUUCAUUGAAUCCUGCAUUGCUCUUUUUGUUUCCUUUAUCAUCAACGUCUUUGUCGUCUCAGUCUUUGCUGAAGCAUUUUUUGAGAAAACCAACGAGCAGGUGGUUGAAGUCUGUAGAAAUACCAGCAGUCCCCAUACUCAUCUUUUUCCUGACGAUAACUCAACACUGGCUGUGGACAUCUACAAAGGGGGUGUUGUGCUGGGGUGUUACUUCGGGCCUGCUGCACUCUACAUCUGGGCAGUGGGGAUCCUGGCUGCAGGACAGAGCUCCACCAUGACAGGAACCUACUCUGGCCAGUUUGUCAUGGAGGGAUUCCUGAACCUAAAGUGGUCACGCUUUGCCCGAGUGAUGCUGACCCGCUCUAUUGCCAUCAUCCCCACUCUGCUUGUUGCUGUCUUCCAAGAUGUAGAGCAUCUGACAGGGAUGAAUGACUUCCUGAAUGUUCUUCAGAGCUUACAACUUCCCUUUGCUCUCAUACCCAUCCUCACGUUUACGAGCUUGCGGCCGGUAAUGAGUGAGUUUGCCAAUGGAAUAGGCUGGAGGAUUGCAGGCGGUAUCUUGGUCCUUAUUGUCUGUUCCAUCAACAUGUACUUUGUCGUGGUUUAUGUCCAGGAACUAGGGCACGUGGCAUUGUAUGUGGUGGCUGCUGUGGUCAGCAUAGCUUAUCUGAGCUUUGUGUUUUACUUGGGUUGGCAAUGUUUGAUUGCACUGGGCAUGUCCUUCCUGGACUGUGGGCACACGUACCUACGUCUGGGAUUGACAGUUCAGCCUGAACUCUACCUUCUGAACACCGUGGAUGCUGACUCACUUGUGUCUAGAUGACUGACAGCCUGAGAGACUCUAUAGGACCCACUUUCUCUUAGUCCUUGUGUGCCAAGUGUCCUGUUAACGUAUCUCUGUUAGUUCAGUGGUGAGUUUUGUUCAACCAUUUUGAGCAAAAGGCAAAGAUUUCCUCAUGGGACGGGUGUUAAAAGCUGACAGCUUUAAGUGUAGGUCAGAGACCCGCAGAGUCCUGCAACUGCCAGAGUUAAAUUUUUAGCCUAUGAUGGUCACACACCCCUAUGGGCUUGUGUCUUGACUUAUGGAAUUUUAAAAGUAUAUAUGUGUGUAUGUUUAGGUAAACCUGAACAUAUCAGUUUGGGUAGAGUUUUAAAGUUAUAUAAAAAUGAUAGAUCUUUUGUAUUUUUUUAACAAAUGUUGCUCAGAUAAAUCAGAUAUUUAUUUUGUCUGGAUCGCAAGUGACAAAGGAAAAGGAGCACUGUUCUUUUUCAGAGUGAACUGGUCAAGCUGACUUACUUUUAAAGUGAUACUUGACUAUAGCCAGUUAAAUUUCACUUUGAUUUUUAUUAACCAAACCUUGGUAACUACUGAUACUGGCACAUCAUUUCCAAAGAAAACACUUCUUCUAUUCGGCAUAUUUAAUCCUGGUUGUCGGUGUGCUUUGUGAUUGUUAUUUUAUUUGUUGCUUUUCUUCUUUUUUUUUUUUUUUUUUUUUGCUGUACGCGGGCCUCUCACUGUUGUGGCCUCCCCCAUUGCGGAGCACAGGCUCCGGACGCACAGGCCCAGCGGCCAUGGCUCACGGGCCCAGCCUCUCCGCGGCAUGUGGGAUCUUCCCAGACCGGGGCACGAACCCAUAUCCCCUGCAUCGGCAGGCGGACUCUCAACCACUGCGCCACCAGGGAAGCCCUUGUUGCUUUUCUUGAGUUUUUUUCAGAGAUAUGAUAGUAUUUACCAAAGAGCUUAAUGCCUACAAACAGGAUCCAGAAAUCACACUUAAACCAAUGAUCAGUUUUCCCUGCUGCAUUGUAACUCAGCCCAUUCUAGCAUUUAAGUUGUAGGUAUAAAAAGAAUUCUAACAUUUAACUUUGUAAGUCCCAACAGAAGAUAAUGGAGGUAUUAGUUUUCUUUCUGAUGUGUGUAUAGUCCCACCAUGUCUUUUCUUCGCACUUUUCCCAUUAACACUCCAAACACCAUUUCUAGGUCCAAAGUCUAUUUCCCGGAGUGGCUAAUAUUUCUAAUGCUGACUCUCCUAGGGAAUGCUAAGCGUUUUAAGUUAUAUAUACCAAGUAUAAUAGUAUGAGAUGAGAACUAGACUGGGACUUGGAAGAUUUGUCCACAUGUCACAAGCUGCCUGCCUACAUGUGGCUUAUAAAUAUUUUUUGACCCCCUCUUCCUAACCAGGGUUUUUUUUUUCCAUAAAAUUUUUAUAAUAAAACAUUUAAUAUUUAAAACUUGAAAGUUUCUGCAUAACGAUCUGAUUGAAAAGUCAGAAGAUUUUCAACAGUGGGCCCACGUUCCUUCACGGAAGUGCAGUUGGCUUGAACUGAAUGGCAGCUAUCCAUUUUUUUUUUUUUUUUACAUCUUUAUUGGAGUGUAAUUGCUUUACAAUGGUGUGUUAGUUUCUGCUGUAUAACAAAGUGAAUCAGCUAUACAUAUACAUAUAUCCCCAUAUCUCCUCUCUCUUGCGUCUCCCUCCCACCCUCCCUAUCCCACCCCUCUAGGUGGUCACAAAGCACCGAGCUGAUCUCCCUGUGCUAUGCAGCUGCUUCACACUAGCUAUCUAUUUUACAUUUGGUAGUGUUAUAUAAGUCCAUGCCCAGCUAUCCAUUUUUAAUGGAAUAUACUCCAGGGUGGCAUCCAUGCCUUCUUUCAUUUCCUUCCAGCCCCAAAGGCAUUGAGUUUGCAAACCCUGCAGCCUUUGUGUGUUUGAGCAUCACUUUUCUCUUUCAGCAUAAAAAUUAAAUAUCCAACCUCUCUGCCUUAUUUUAUUUUUUUUCUGCCUUAUUUUAAAACUUAGCACCUUUCAAUAAGACUUAAAAAAAUCCAGACAGUGCCUAUGUUCACUUAUAAUGAUUUGAUCCUCUAAGUGGCAGGGAUUUUUUCCAAGAUGAUACUUUCAAAUUCCCUCAUUUCUACUUCAUGGCCCUUGAAACUUCUGAUAAGAGGGGCAGCCUUGCAACCUAGGUUAGAGACCUUCUGAUCUCAAAAAUGAAACUGAGUUAACGCCACUUACCAGCUUUUACUUGAAAAAGCGACUUAAAAAAUGAGUUUCAGUGUUUUGGUUUCUUUAUACAGAGACAGCAAUCUAGAUGAAUCAGUUUGUUGGAUUUUCCUCCCUCCAUGGGCAAUUUCAUUUCUCAGUAGUUUCACUACCAGAGAAUAUUUGGAGAAAGCAAAAAAAAAGCAAAAAAAAAAAAAUCCUGUUUUGCAACUAAUAAAAAGAUAAGGUGGUUGGUUAAACAGAGAUGAAGUACUUGAGGGGUUUCUGUAGCUUUUCUCCAUUCUUUAACUGUAUGUUACUAGGAACAGACUAGAAUUUACAAAAAUUUAUAAGUAUACCCCUCAGGUCAUGUAACUCCUGUAAUCAGAAAAUUUGAUAAUAAAGCAAAUUGAAUCAUGCUAAAACCAGUAGAGAAGAUUGAUGUCUAAAGAGUGAG